UGCAGCAAAUUAAAGAUGACAUUCACAGAAAAUGUUAAAAAUGAUGACGAGAACUACACUUCUUUACAAAACACCCCCUUUUCUUCAAAUUCUGAAAAACACAAAAACAAUUAUUUAAACAACAGAAGAUCCACUUCAAUUUUAAUUUCCAAUUGUUUUUCUUUUUCUGUCGCUGCCUUAAUUAUUUCUUUGUUGAUUGCUUUCUUUUCACUUCAAUAUUAUUUACCUAAAGCUUUGGAUCAGUGUUCUUGUGUUAAGGAGGAAUUGAAUGGGCGUUUGUAUAAUUCUAGCAGUAUUGGGUAUCCAAAGCACCUUCCCGAUGGCCGUAUUCAAUAUCAAAUCGCUGUAGUUUCCGAUUUAGACCACGACAGUAAAUUUGAUGGGAAAAAGAAUACCUGGAGGAGUUUUGUAAGACGUGGACGUUUGUAUUUCCAUCCAGAAUUGUUAACUGCCCAAAUCCAAUGGAAUGAUGAAGAAAGUGUUGUGCUUUAUUCUCAAUUGUCUUCUGGGGGGAGAGCUAUGGAGCUUUCUGAUUUGGCUGUUUUUGACGGAAAUUUACUCACAGUGGAUGAUAGAACCGGUGUUAUAUAUAAAAUUGAUAAUUUCAAUACAAUGAUUCCUUGGACUUUUUUAAACGACGGGCCUGGAAAUACUACAAAAGGAUUUAAAGCUGAAUGGAUGUCUGUAAAAGACGAACAUUUAUUUGUUGGAGGGUUGGGGAAAGAAUGGACAACAACACAAGGAGUAUUUCAAAAUUACCAUCCAAUGUGGAUUAAAAUUAUCAAUUUAAAUGGAGAAAUUGUUCACGCUAACUGGACUGAAAAAUAUAUAAAAAUUAGAGAGGCUGUUGGAAUUAAAUUUCCUGAAUCAGCCCAAUGGUCUGAUGUACACAAGAAAUGGUUCUUCCUUCCAAGACGUGCUUCGAAUGAUACUUACUCUGAGGAUACCGAUGAACAUAAGGGGACUAAUAUGUUGAUAAUGGCUGAUGAAAACUUUACUAAUAUUGAGGCAACACGUAUUGGUUCUGUUGGAGAUGGUUCUCGUGGAUUUUCCGCCUUUCAAUUUUUGCCUGGUAGCGAUGAUCAAUUUAUUGUUGCACUAAAAUCUGAGGAACGCGAUGGGAAGGCUGUUGCCUCGUAUUUGUGUUUUUUCCGUUUAUCUGACGGGCAGUUUUUGAUAGAGGAACAGAAAUUUGAUGGUCCUUAUAAAUUUGAGGGGUUAAUUAUUUAUUGA